GCCUGUGUUGUAGAGUCGGAGCCGAUUGGCCGGGCCUUAACUCUAUUUGGAUGUAUGUAUAACUCGACUAAUUACAAACUCCCGGCGACUGCCGCUAAAGAGUGUUCAGCGAAACUAGGUUUCAACUACACGGCUAUCGACGAGUGCGCGUCCGGACCGUUGGGUCGGGGACUACACCUGCGGAACGGCGAACGUUUCCAUGCGGCCAAUCCCGUGGCCAAGACUGUACCC